AGCGGCCCCCGGGAAGUGAACCGUAUAGCUACCUACAAGAAUGCAGUAUUACGUUUCGUGUCGUUGAUUUUAAGCGAGUUUCGUUGGAUUACAUCUCGUAUUUGUGUGAAUCAUCUGGUCAAUUCAUCGAUUUAAGGUUAUAGCGUUCGAUUAAAACUCUUCUGGUGUUCCGAAGUGUCAAAAUCUUUUUCUGGCGAUUUCGUGAUUGCACGUGAUUUUGGACAGCAGUGAAUACGUCGUUCUUGUGUCUAAAUACUCGUUCAUCUUGGGUCCCAUCGAUUUUUUAAGAAUACGCUUUCCUCGAGAGAAUCUUGGACAUGGCAAGAUCGUGGAGGAACGUGAUCAAGCUUUUGGUCUGUGUGUGUAUCGCUUUGGAUUUUGCUCAAACAAUAGUUGCAGAGUUUCGAUGCGGUAAAGAUCAGUUUGCUUGUGGCAAUCAGUUAUGUAUUCCUGAAAAUUGGAGAUGUGAUGGAGAAGAUGAUUGCGGAGAUAACUCCGACGAGAAGAAUUGUCCUGUUAGACAUUGUGAUCUAAGCACAAACUUUGCGUGCAAAACUGGAGACCGUUGCAUUCCUCUGAGAUGGGUGUGCGAUUUCACUGAUGAUUGUGGGGAUAAUUCUGACGAACCUGCAAACUGUGCCCAAAGAACAUGUUCAGAGAAUGAACAUGCAUGUGGAAAUGGUCAUUGCAUUCCAAUGCGGUGGCGCUGUGAUCGGGAAAAGGAUUGUAAUGAUGGUAGUGAUGAACGAAAUUGUGGACCAAUUUCUUCAGGUAACAAGACUUGUAAUGGUAAUGAGUUUACCUGUUCAAAUGGCAAGUGUAUCUCGCGUAGCUGGCGGUGUGAUCUUGAUGAUGACUGUAAAGAUAACUCCGAUGAAAAAAAUUGUCCUAACAAGACAUGCAAACCAACAGAGUUUACUUGUAACAGUGGACGGUGUAUAAAGGGGUCCUACAAGUGUGAUGGGGACAAUGAUUGUCAGGAUGGCUCUGAUGAAAUUGGCUGUCCAACCACUGGUCCUGUGUGCAAGCAUGGUGAAUUUCAGUGCAAUUCUCAUGACUGUGUUCAUGAAAGUUGGGUAUGUGAUGGAGAAAAUGAUUGCAGUGAUGGCUCAGAUGAGAACGGGUGCAAUGUUACCUCCUGUGGUACUAAUGAGUUCAGUUGUACCAAUGGGAGGUGCAUAUCUAUUCACUCACAUUGUGAUGGCAAAAAUGACUGUUUAGACAACUCAGAUGAGCGGAAUUGUGCUCCUGUAAAACCAAAGCCUUGCAAGGAUGAUGAAUUCCAAUGUGGUGAAACAGACCAAUGUAUUCCAUACAGUAAAGUUUGUGAUGGUAAUGAGGACUGCAAGAAUAAGUUGGACGAACCUUUUACGUGUUCAAUUAAUGAAUGUAUUGAUCACAAUGGCCGUUGUCAACAAAUCUGCAAUGAUACCAAAACAUCUCACUUCUGCUCCUGUCGUCCGGGCUUUGAAGUAGAUAAGGAAGAUACAAGAAUUUGCAGAGAUAAGGACGAGUGUGAAAUUCCAGGGUCGUGCAGCCAAACUUGUUACAACACAAAAGGAAGUUUCAAAUGUUAUUGCCGAAGUGGGUAUGAACUGGAGCCAGAUCGCCGAACCUGUAAAGCGAUAGGUGAAUCAGGCUUCCUCAUUUUUGCCAAUCGUCAAGACAUUCGCCGCCUCUUGUUUGAUUCUUCUGACUACACAGAAAUGGUACCAAAGCAGCGGGGUGCUAUAGCGUUAGACUAUGACUUUGAAAGUGGGUACAUAUUCUGGACAGAUGUCAUUGAUGAAAAUAUCAGGCGAACUAAGAUGCAUGACAGUUCUGUAGUUGAAGACUUGGUGAAGAUAAACCUCCAUACACCAGAUGGAAUUGCUGUAGAUUGGAUUAACAAGAAGUUAUAUUGGACAGACACUGGUGAAGACAUGAUUGAGGUAUCUGAUUUUGAUGGCAAGAAUCGUCUUCAAUUGGUAACAACAAAUCUGGAGGAACCAAGAGCUAUUGUUGUGCAUCCUUCUCUUGGUUUUAUGUUUUGGACUGAUUGGGGUGAGAAGGCAAAGAUUGAAAAGUGUGGAAUGAAUGGAGACCUUGAAACAAGGCUGGAGAUAGUUAAUACCAGUAUCCUGUGGCCCAAUGCACUUGCAAUAGAUUAUACUGUUGACAGAAUUUGGUGGGCAGAUGCAAAACUCCACACUAUAGAAUCAUCAGAUUUAAAUGGAGGAAACAGACGGCUGGUGUUGAGUGAGAACAUCAACCAUCCAUUUGCAUUGACCAUUUUCCAGAGCUACAUUUAUUGGACAGACUGGCAUCUUAAUGCAAUCCACAAGGCUAAUAAAUUUACUGGUGAAGAGAGAUCUAUUGUGAUGGAGAAUCUGUUUUCACCAAUGGAUAUUCAUGUCCAUCAUAGACAGCGACAACCUAUAGGAAUGAAUCCAUGCACUGUUGUGGCAGAGUAUGGUGGCUGCAGCCAUAUUUGUUUAUUAGCUCCCAAAAUUAAAAAAUAUCCAGAUGGUUUCUCCUGUCACUGCCCUUCUGGUAUUAAUCUGCUUUACGAUCACAGGACCUGCAAUACAACAGAUGCUUUCAAAUGCACAGAUAAAACAUGUCGUAAUGGUGGAACAUGUGUAAUAAAAGAGGAAGGGGCAUUACCAUCUUGCGAAUGUACGUACGAGUUUACAGGAAAGGAUUGUAGCAUAAAACGCAGCCUACCUCUUUUCACUGCCAGUCCCACGUAUACUACACCUGGAAUGAGAGGAUUGCAAGAACUUAAAGGAGAGGAUGCUGGUGUCACAGCAGCAAUAUCAGUUGCUGUGGUAGUAGUCCUUUUAGCUCUGGGUGGCUUGAUCGGAUGGCUAGUUUACAGAAGAAUACGUAGAAACAAUCUUAGAUCAAUGAGUUUUGAUAACCCUGUGUAUAAGAAAACUACUGAAUCUAAUGGCUCACUGGAUAGAAUAAGUAUAAGAUUUGGUCAUUCUCACGGAAAAUGUCAGUCAUUAUUGAGCUCAUUCCGGAAUGAAGUUGAAAUUCACAGUUGCUAGCAUUUCAAUUGUUAUCCAAAUGGCAAAGGCCAGAAAAUCUGAAGAGACUGAUGCAAAUAUUUUUUCAUUCUUGUCUCUGCUAUCUGUCUGAAUUUAGAGCAUUGUGAACUGAAUUAUAUUUUAAAGCUGAUAAUGCACAUUUCAGCCUUUAAGGAGUAGUAAAAUUUGUUUGAAGUUCAUGUUUGUACCCUAACAUGCAUGAACUUCCCUUUUUUUACCAAAAAAAAUAUGUUUUCUGCUUUAGAAGUACCAGUACUUUUUUUUGCACCAGUCUUUAAAGAUUGACCAGCCUUUGCCAAGUGGGUAAUAAUUCAUUAAAUAGGUUGUCAAAUUAAGAAUAUAUAUAUUAUAUACAUCUAGUUAUAUAGAUAUUCAUAAGCCCAUCCUGGAGAUGAUAUGGCUUGGCAUGCAGAUUGUAUAAGUGAUAUUUAAAUAAUUGUAAUUUUUUUGUGUUAAGGUUCCUAGUGUUACUUGUCUGUUUGGGGAAAACUCAUUUGAAGCCUCUUUGAUUGCUGUGUGAUGUGAUUACUAAUGUCACACAGCUUUUUUUGUAAACAAUAGUUCUUGUUUUUGCCUCCGUCUAAGAAGUGGGGGGGGGGGGAAGGGGGGACGGGGAGUAAUAUUUUUGAAGUAAUAUUUUUACUUCUUUUGGAGUAAUAUUUUUGAAGUGGCUAAGAGUGAGAGAAACAGACAAAUAAUGCACAAGAACUGCUGAGAUGAGCCAAGAUUUAGAAAAACUCCACAUUAUUUUUUCUCUGUUCCUUUUGACAUUAAGAAGGUAAGAAUUUGGCUGUUUUUCAACACAGCAUCUGGAAAAAUUAAGACUUCUUCUGGCCUGAUUAUUGAUUUGUUUCAACUGAGAUGUUUUUGAGCAGGUGUUAUAACUAUUUUCUCAUGAAGUUUUUGUUUUUGAUUUGUGUAGACAACUGAAUCUUGGCUUUUUGAACCUUCCUUAAACUAAAGAAUUGAUCAAGCAAAUGAAAGUGUUUACUGCAAUGAUUGCUGUUGCCUUGUUCAUUAACUCUUGUUCAAGGGCAAGUCACAUUUUCUUUUUGAAAACUCAAAUAUAAAGAAAUCAGGUCAAUAUGUUUUAACGGACAUAAAGGCUAGUAUUAUAGAAAUUAAUACAUAGAACACAGGAAAUAUCUGCUCACAAACAUUUCAGAGGAACAUGGGAGAUGAUAAUGAUUCUAAAUGAUUGCAUCAGCUGUAAAAAGAUCAGAUUUAUACCCUCAUAUACACAUAGAUUUAAAGUGUUGUAAAUGUAUGUAAUUGCGCCAGCUGCGAGAUAAUUAUUUCUAAUGAUAUGAAACACCUCGAAUAUAUAUAAAUAUUUUGCUGCAGCUGGUUAAAACAAUGAAAACAUUUACCGACACAGGUCUUAGUUUUGAAAUGUUUAAGGAAGAUUGCAGUCUUAUUUAUUUAAUAUGCUGUACAAAAGGAUACUAAUGAACAUAGCCCAUGUCAGGCUGUAUUUUUGUUUUCUACAGUAAUAUUUUUCAAGAAAAAAAAGGAAAGCAUAGCAAUCACAAAAUUGAACAUGCUACAGUUUAUGUGAUGCAACUCUUUCACAAUGUUUUCUGUAUUUGGACAAGCUCAAUUGUUUGAUUUAUGUGCAAACCAGUUCUUCCCUUGUCGCAAAUUUGUUUUUUAACUUCCUAAAGAACAGGCGAAAAGGAUAAGAAACCAUAGGGGCCCUGAAGAAGAAUUAUGUCAAAUACACUGCAUAUGGUGAAAGUGUAAAUUGUAAAUAGAAAAUUGACAUUUAAAUUUGGAGGCAGUUUGUAUAUUUUACCGAGAAAUCUGAUCAUAUUCAUAUUAUUCUCCUUUGUUAAUAUUAUUUUGAUGGAAAUUUCACAUUGUCUCACUUUAGGGUUGAACAAAAAUAGUUUGUCAUCUUGUCCAGACUAUGUGAUUUUGGUUUGAUUUUUGGUUUCUGUUUUGAUAUUAUUCAUACUACUUACGAUGUUUGUAUCAUGGUAUCUUGACUGUUCAAAUUUCUUCAGUUCUGUGGUACUGGUAUUCAGGAAAUGCACCUUUAGUUAUUUUAUUAUUAAGCUAUUGGUAAUAUUGAUGCUGAAACUUGCUGGAACCUGAUAGUUAAAAAGUUUUAAUAGAGUUUAUUACCCUCAUUCAACAUUUCUGAAGUUCAAAUAAUGUUAUGCGAAUCUUAGAGUGUACUUUUAUUACAUGGUAGUUCUAAACUAUAUGCAAUUGUGAGUUAGUUCAAACAUUUUCCACAAGAAUUAUUUGUAUGAUAAGUCAUAUGAAUACUUUUCUAAGUAUUCACUUUUUGCAAGUUACUUGAUAAAAUAGAAGCCUAAAAUCAAAUUCAGUUUUAGAGAAAGUUAAGGUAAACUUUGAUUAGCCUGAAGGCAAAAUGCCUUCAGAUCAGUGCAUACAAUAUUUAAAGUGUGGAAAAUGUCCUUUUCUUUAUGUGGAUAAUAGAAAUGUAUAUAGUAAUUAAAGAGGUUAAAAAUUGCCAUGCUAUUUGUAUGUCGGCAAGUAUGGAAUAAAAUGAUUGCUCUUCAUAACAA